AUGGCUAGCUCGGCGAUGGCAAACGGUCUCGAAGAGGCGAUCGAGUUCCUUCCCGGUCGCUUGUUCUACGUGCCGCUGAAGAAGGCGCCGCCUCGUAUUCCCGGCACACACUUCUUCUCCAUCGACGAUGAGCUCAUGUACUGGAAUUUCUACCUCGACUUUGGCCCGCUCAACCUCGGACACACGUUCGUGUUCUCCGAGACGCUCAACAAGAAGCUGGCGGCCGCGGCCAAGGCCAAUGAGGUCGUGUACUUUUACUCGUCGACUAACGGACAGCGUCGUGCCAAUGCCGUCUGCAUCUUGGGCUGCUGGGCCGUGCUGUUCCAGAAUAUGAGUGCGGAGAAGGCCUACGCUCCCUUCCAGCGCAUGCGCUUCCCUCCGUUCCACGACGCCACUCCGUCGGUCUGCACGUUCAACUUGACCAUCCUCGACUGCCUCAAGGGCCUCGAACGCGCGAUUAACAGCGGCUACAUCUCCACCAAGACCUUCGAUCUUCACGAGUUCCAACACUAUGAACGUGUCGAGAACGGUGACCUCACGUGGGUGUCGCCCAAGUUCAUCGCCUUCGCUGGCCCGCACAACGUGUAUCAACGCACACCUCAGGGCCAUGUCAUGCUCACACCGGAACACUACAUCCCGUACUUCAAGAAGCGCAACGUGACGCUGGUAGUGCGUCUCAAUGACAAGCAGUACGACGAGAAGAAGUUCCUGUCGGCAGGCAUCGACCACAUCGACUUGAUCUACCCGGACGGCACGAACGCGCCCAUGCCGAUCUUGAUGAAGUUCAUUGAAGCUUGUGAGAAGACUCCUGGAGCUGUUGCAGUGCACUGCAAGGCUGGUCUUGGACGCACUGGUACCUGCAUCGGCGCCUACAUGAUGAAGCACCACUUGUUCUCGGCUCACGAGCUCAUCGGAUGGCUACGUCUGUGCCGUCCGGGCAGUGUCAUUGGUCCGCAGCAGCAGUUCAUGGAGGCUAUUGAGAGCAGGAUGCACCAGCUCAAUCCGUCCAAGAGUGGAAGCUUCAAGGGCGAAAUGGUGCCGAUCCUAUCGUCCAAUGGACCUGCGAGCCCCAGUCGCGGAGGCAACAUCCGCACUACGAUGGUUUCUACUCGCAGCGCUGGAGCGAGCAUCAUCACGAACCGGAUCAUCUCGAACCCGCAGAUUGGCCUCGAUGUGAAUCAGGGCGACAAGCUCAACGACCAAAAGUACAUGCGCUACCGGAAUUCCCCCAAGUCUAGCACUCCUAGCGGUGGUAAAAUGUUCUGGUAA